AUGGCGUCCCUCACUGCCCAUGCCGCUGCUUCCGUCGCCUCAUACGCAUCGGCGUCGCGCACGGCUGCCACGUCAGCAGCGGCACAGCAGACUACCAUGUCCUGCGCGCCCCGCACCCUCCCCUCCUCCGUGUCCACGUCAUCAGCCGCUUCCAGCUCAGCCACCCCUUUCUUCCAGGGCGCUCGCCUCCCCUCCCUGAAAGCCACCACACGCGCCGCCGCAUCUCCCGCCGCCAAAUCCGGCGCCGUGCAGGUCCGCGCAGGGGAGAUCAUCGAGGUGGAGCUGGAGCGGCCGUACGGCCUCAAAUUCUACCGCGGUGAGGACGGCGCGAUCUACAUCGACGCGCUGUACCCAGGGCAAUCGGGGAUUCUGAGCAAGCAGAUCCAGGAGGGCGAUAAGGUGCUGGCGACGAGCGCCGUGUUCGGCAGCGAGAUGUGGCCCGCUGCGGAGUACAGCCGCGUUAUGUACACCGUCAGGCAGCGCGUCGGCACUCUCCUCGUCCGCCUCGAGAAAAUGGACGGGCAAAAGAUUGGUCCGUGGAAGAAGGACAAGUACCUGGAAGAGCGAGCGGCCGGCAACUACGGCGAUGCUAUCCGCGAGAAGCAGAUGGAGAAUGCGGCGCUCCGGCAAGAGCAGGCCGAAGAGCGCGUUGCUGCUCUCGACAAUGGUCUUCAGCUCUACAAGGCGGGCAAGUACGAGGAGGCGAUGCUGAAGUUUCAGACGAUCAUUGGGCUAGUGCCGUCGUACCGGGAGGAGGCGGUGGCGUUCUACAACAUCGCGUGCUGCUGCUCCAAGCUUAAGAAGGUUGAGGGCGGCCUGCAGGCUCUAGAGGCGGCGAUGGAGGCGGGCUUCGAUGACUACAAGAAAAUCCGUCAAGACCCUGACCUGUCGUUCCUAAGAGACGAUGACGAGUUUGAUGAGCUCAUGGACAGGUAUGACGAGCCAAUCAUCAACGAGAAUGCCAUCAAGGCACUCACCAGUGUGUUCGGGCUCUUUGGCAAGAAAUAG